AUGGUGGAUUUUGCUAGGGUACAGAAGGAGCUGCAAGAGUGCAACCGAGAUUUUGAAGUGUCGGGGAUAAAAGUCAUUCCCAAGAGUGAGAGUAAUCUUGUUCACUUGCUUGGUACAAUCCCUGGUCCCCUUGGUACUCCUUAUGAAGGCGGCACCUUCAAGAUCGAUAUCAUUUUACCAGAUGGUUACCCUUUCGAGCCUCCCAAAAUGCAGUUUGCCACUAAAGUCUGGCAUCCGAAUAUUAGCAGUCAAAGUGGGGCCAUAUGCCUGGACAUCCUGAAAGAUCAGUGGAGCCCGGCGCUGACUUUGAAAACGGCCCUUCUUUCUAUUCAAGCUUUGCUAUCUGCGCCCGAACCCGGUGACCCCCAGGAUGCUGUUGUAGCUCGACAGUAUCUAAAAGAGCACCCUACUUUCGUUCGCACAGCUCGUUACUGGACUGAAUCAUUUGCCAUGACUUCAUCUAUUGGUGUUGAGGAAAAGGUCCAAAAGCUUCUGGAGAUGGGUUUUCCGGAAGCUUCAGUAAGGAGUGCGUUGGAGAGCGUAGGUGGAGACGAGAAUUUGGCUCUUGAGAAGCUUUGCUGUGGUUAA